AUGAGCAAAGAAUUGAUGCAGAAGCAUAGUAACUGUUCGAUCCUUUGCCUGUUUGGGCGUAGUUCAGCAGCCCAAAAUGUACUCAUCUGCAUCUACUUGUUCCUCAUGUUCCUGUCGCUACCUUACGCCGUUGCACAGAGCAGUAGUGAACCACCACCCAUCGAACCCUAUCAAAUAACCUACACUUACAGCCCUUCGGUGAUCAACAACAAUAUCAGAAAUUCGGUCAUCGCACUCGCCUUCAUCUUUAGCGCCUUUUUUUUGUUCUUCAUCACCGUCUGCAUCUGCCAAUGCUGCCGGACCGAAAACGAUCGAAGCAUUCACCCUAAUGGCGUGAUCGAGAUUUUACCGGAAGGCCAAAGGGAACGUAAAGCACAACUAGGUCUCGACUCGGUCGUGAUCGAGAGUUUACCAACCUUUGCCUACUCACAUGUGAAGGGUCACAAAUUGGGAAAUGGAGCUCUGGAGUGCGCCGUAUGCUUGAACGAGUUCGAAGACGAAGAUACGAUUCGAUUGCUACCAAAGUGUAACCAUGUAUUCCAUGCCGACUGCAUUGAUGCUUGGUUUUCUAACCACACAACUUGCCCAGUCUGCCGAGCUAACCUCGUUCCUGUACCGGGCGAAACACCUGCAACUAUUGUACCGGUACAUGACAUAGAAGGUGAUUCGGAUUGGGAAAUCCCAACAUCGGAACCAGGGGUGGAGGCAGAGAACGAGCAAGUUUCCAUUAAUGGACUAAGCGAAGGACCACAGGUGGUGGCAGUGGCACCGGAGGUAAUUAAUCAGACCCCAAUGCAGAACAGGCCAGCGAGAUCGACGAAGCCGAGAUACGUGGGGAGAUUCAAACGGUCGCAUUCGACGGGGCACUCACUGGUUCAACCGGGUGAAGAUGUCAAGCGGUUCACCCUCCGGCUUCCGGACGACGUGAGGAAGCAAAUCAUGAACAUGAGGCAGGUGAACCGGACUAGGAGCCUGGUGGCAAUCCCAGUGCUAGUAAGUCCUAGGAAGGGUUACCCGACGACCGGUGAAGGCAGUAGUAGAGGAGGGAAAUCGAUGGGAGAGAAACCGGAAGGCUGGGUCUUCUCGAUGACACUGCCUUUCUUCAUGAAAGCCACUUCUCCUCGUUCAUCAAAGAUGAUAGCAGAAGGGGAUACUCCCGUAACUUCACCUCGUCCUAAACCCCUUUGGUUGCCCUUGCGAGUAUGGACGAAAGCUGCUGACGAUACUGUGGCGUCAUUGACUCCAUCUCCGGUUUGA